AUGAAUAGACUUAUCGAUGCUGACUUUAGACUUUCUCUCAAGAAAGGGCCGAAUAUCAGAGGUAGAUUGUGGCUAUUGGUUGUACUCGCGGCGAUCAACGUUUUUCUGUGCAUUGCUUUAAAUGUAACAUAUCGUGACCCGGAACUAGCGUAUUUCGCAAUAACAAUCCCACCAUCUAUAUUAAUUUCAUGCUUUGUUACCGAAUAUUUCUUGGUUGUCGGGCUUCUAGAGACGGAGUUUUAUCGAGUAAACAAUAUGCUAUUAAGUUGCAAGGAGUUUCACUACCCUUCAUCUGCCAUAUCUUCUCUUAGGUGCGAAUCGGAGAUAUCGGAUUUGUCGAAUCACAGUCAGUUGGUGGCUCUUCGAUCCCUUCGCAGCAUUCAUACGAUGCUUUAUGAAAUUAGUAACGACGUUGCGAACUUCUUUUCAUUUCCAAUCUUAUUGUGCAUCUGUCAUUGCUUUGUCACACUCGUUUACUGUGUUUAUUGGACAAUUAUUCCCCUUCUUGGCUCAAAUAGAGUGUUUUUACUGGCUCAUACUUGUAAGGAGUUUCAUUUUACACUUGUCAUUUUAUAUCCUGUCACUCUUCUUGUGCACAAAGUUACAAGAACUUCAGACGAGGCAAAGCAAACCGGUCUGAAAGUUCACAAGCUAAUGGUUACAACAGCGAUACCAGAAAUUAAAGCAGAGGUAACGCGUAUAAUUUCUUUCCGUAAUUACAAGUUUUCUUUUCAGCUCGAAGAAUUCUCUCUCCGGAUACUACACGAAGAAUUGAAUUUCACAGCUUGCGGUUUCUUUCGGUUGGACUUUACGCUUUUACAAUCGAUGUUGGCGACUUUGGUGACCUACCUUGUUAUUCUGAUUCAGUACACUGGGAGAUCUAAAAUCGAUGAAAAAGAUGAAAUGGGGUACACAUAUGGGGUACUCCACUCCAAAGCUGACCCACGUCUGACCCUGAUUCUGACCCCUUCCGAUGGGAGCCGUGAUUUUUCAUGUUUUUUUAUGUUUUCAAAAGACCACUCUUAA